AUGCCACAACAACCGCAACUUGUGCAGAUGAACAGACAACUAUCCUGCCAAUGCCACUUAAGACUAGAACAGCUUGGUCAAUUCUUAUUUUUAAGUUCCAGCAAGCUCCAGCAGCCGCCGACUUCAUCCCAUGAACCUGUUGCCUCAAUCCAGCAAGCAGAUGGGGGAUUCAUGCCAGAGAUUCCAAGCAAAUAUGUUUCUCACAUUGAAAGUGGUGAGGUUUUUGAGCUUGCUAAAUUAUUGCCAAAAAUUUAAAUAAGCUGAAUGUUGGUUCCGAUUAUUCCAACAUUUCAACAAUUCCCUCUAUGAGAAUCUCAUAAACACAGUGCAAGUCUCAAAUGCUAACUAACAUUGAAGAGUGGACAACUGCUUUCAACACAUAUAUGUUAAUCAUUGUACAAAAAUUUCCAAAUUGUGCAUCAGAACUAUUAGUCUUUUACAGUACAUGCAAACCAUCCAUCAUGCGGCAAAAAUGCAUGGCGGUUUAGGCUGGUGCAUAUAUGACCACAAAUUUUGUUACAAAGCUGCUGUAUGUCGAACAUUGUCGUGGGCCAAUAUUGAUCUGCAGUUAUGGUUGCAUAUUUUCACUGCUAGCUCUACUCAGUUGCGGGAAGAUUAUUCCCUUUUUUCUAAUGGACCCUCAAACAAAGCUGGGGCAGCGAGGAACAGAACGACCCAAUUUCCCCUACACUCACCGUAACUGAAUUGGCUGUUGGGGGAACGAUCCUGGGCACCAAUGUCUACAAUCCUGUGGGGAAAAUGAUCACAAUGAAGACCACCCUUGACAAUCUGCCCGUAGCUCCGCAAAGACCAAACUGUUAGUUUAAAGACCAAACUGGUAGUCUAAACCUGUUAGUUUAAAGUCUAGUACAUAUAAUAGCAGUAAUUUGAUACCUUUAGAAAAUACUAUAGUUGCACCAAUUCAGAUAAAUUUCCAACCAUUUUUCACCUCUUGUUGCCAAAAACGGGAGAAUUGAUCAAUUCCUUUAUCAAGAAUGACGACUUUUCAUUGCAGCACAUAAAAAUAGACAAUGCUAUUGCUGCUUUAAUCCAAUUAUGCAGAGGCACUUAUCUACCUAAAAACUGACAUAGAGUCUGCUUUUCAUCAAUUUCCUGUUCAUCCUGACGACUGGGAGUUAUUAGGCAUCCAUUGGAGUAAGUCCUAUUAUUUUGACAAAGUGUUGCCAUUUGGUUGAUUUAAAUUUGUGCCACACAAAAAAGUCUGCUACACUCCAAGAGCUCCAAUCAAGUAAUUGGAACAUUAAAUUUUGCAUUGCCCUGGGUUGAGCUUUUCUGCAACGUAUCAUAAAUCUAACACGGGGGAUCUCCAAACCCCCUUUUGCAAAUAUGUAAAAAUGCAGCAAAUUUUUCUUAAAGUCUAAUGGGACGAGUUUUGAUUUCUCAACUCUCUUUCUGGGAAAAUUCUACAAAUCUGUCUUUUUAUACAGAUGCCUCCGGGACCCUUGGUUUUGGGGGAUUUUCCACACCCAGUUGUUUUAGAGUAAAAGGUUGCCUCACCAAACACUUAACACAAAAAAUAUUAGCAUUCAUUGACAAGAGCUCUAUGCUAUUGUGGUAGCUUCCUACAUCUGGGCACCUUUAUGGGCUCAAAAACGAAUUGUGUUUUACUGCGAUAACCAGGCUGUGGUUUACAUAAUCAAAUCCAUUGUGGACUUAGUGUGUGGUGUAACCUCAGAAACACUGAAGUAUAACUUUUAUUUCAAAGCCUUACAUGUGCCAGGUCAUUAUAAUGACAUUGCUGAUUUUAUCUCCCAUUUUCAGCAAACCAGAUUUCAGUGGCUAGCACCGCAUGCAGACCAUCAAUCUCAACCUCUACCAGAGGAACUUUUUCAACUUGCUUCGUUAGCUCAAGGUACGAUUAAAACUUAUAGCAGUGGCGAAAAACAGUUUACAAAUUUCUACUACCAAUUUUAUUUACAUAAGCAUGUGCCUCUUCUGCCAACAAUGGAAAACAUUCUGAUUUUGCUGUUUUUCCUGCUAAGACAGUAAAUCCAGACACCAUCAAAGUCUAUCUCGUCCCACUACACCAUAUGCAUUUGGUUAACGACUACAACCUUCAAAUCACCAAAUUUCAAUGCCUACACUAUAUCUUGUGAGGUAUAAAGCGAGUAAAAGGACUGUCUACAAGAACAUGCCUACCAAUUACAUUAGACCAUUUAAAAUUGUUUCACCGCAUAUAACACACUCACAGACAUCACCAACACACGAUGAAACCAUGAUUUGGGCAGCGAUUUCCAUAGCAUUGCCUUGCUGUGGUCCUUAUAAUUCUUCAACAAAUCAUAACGAAAAACACGGGGAUAACGAGGUUUUUCUGCAACUUACAAAUAAAGCAUCAAAAACCGAUCCGUUUCGAGCCUGCGCCACGAUCACCAUUGGCAGCAAUUCUGGUAUAUAUUGGCCAAUAAGGGCUCUUCAAACCUACCUUUCACAUGUGUCAACAGACUAUGCAGGACCAUUGUUUUGCUAUUCAAACAGUGUUCCUUUAUCACAUAGUUAAUUUACUAAGGAACUACGAACACGUUUGGCCCAAGGUGGUUAUCACACUGCUCAGAAUGCGCAAAUUUUCUCCCAUUUGUGGGGGCUCAUUUUGUCAGUGGAAUUUCACGGUAUACUUGGAAAUACUGUGUCAUAUUUCGUCGCUUCCCAUGUAAAUAGCAAAUUCAUGAAUAACACUGGAAUAAACACAAAUAUGUGAAUUUGCACUCUAGUCUUUUGAACAUAACGAUUGUAAAAAAUUUCUGUGUGAUCUAUUAGCAAUUUAUUGUUAUUUAUUGUUAUUUGUGCAACAGCAGUUGCCGUGGAAUUAAAAUUGUGUAUCAUUAUAUUGUUAACAGGCAAAUAGUGUUUGAGAUAUAGCAACAUUAGCAAAUAAAUACACUAAAAUCUUGGUUAGCACACUAACUCUUACCACCUUUAAUGCAAUAUUAGUCAACUUAUAAGAGAACAAGACAAAUCAUGGUGAAUUAUUCAACUAUAUAACUUGUAAGACAGACAGACUCAAUAAACCUUUAUAGGUUUAUUACAAAUUUGGUUAUCUGUUUGAAUGUUGGGGAAUUAUCUAAGGAGAUUAGCACCCAAAUAAAUAUUUUGCUGAGACUCUGACCAACUAAACAACAUAUUGUCUCACUCUUAAAAAUUUCUGAACAAACAAUCCUAAUAUCCUACAACUGGUGUUUGCACCCAAUGCCCAGCUUGAACCCCCCUCCCUGUUCUGUGUCUUUGGUACUGGUAGGUGACAACAGUCUAGUGCAAAUAUUGAGCGUCUUGACAUUGAUUGAGCUUUUUGUCGAUGCCACUUUUACUCACAGCACCCCUGCUUUUCAUCUGCUGUAGAUGAGCAUGCUGAGUACUUCAGCAAUAUUAAUAAUCUUCUGGCAACGUCUGUUUCUCAGCAGAGCAUAGAUACAGGUUUGUCGAAAGAUGACUUGGUUAAACAGGAGGCCAUUUUAAACUGUAACGAUAGGAAGUGGUCAUCAUUUCUUUGUAUUCUAGGUUUGUCAUCUGUUUUACAGAGAAACAUUUUUACAUAUUACCCUGACUGUGGGGCGCAAAUGUUUAAACAGCUAUUUAAUUACAUGGUCCAGCCACGCUUAAUUGUGAAGAAAGGUUUCAAUGACCUUCGUAUUUUAUUCUGUUAUGACGGUACUGUGUCAGAAACCUUUCAGCCUAACCAUUUUGUUGCUUUUUUUUUAUACACAACAACAAAAAUGGAAAUCUGCAGCUGCCACACAGGUUUCCAAGAAACAAAAGUUAACUCCAAUCCUUUCUAAGAAAGUGUCAAAAAAACUUGAUAGCAACAUUUCUUCUUUUUUUAUUAAACCUACUGUUGACCCAACAUUCCACAAAGCACCUAAUGAGACAUUUUCUUUUUCUGCAGCACUUCAAACUCAUCAGAACACCAGUAAGCCUGAUGCUGAUAUCACAGUUAAUAAACCACAAGGCACUACUACUAGUACUCUGGAAUGA